AUGACUAUACCGUCCGCCAUAUAUUCAGAUUUGCAGCCUAACGUGCUUGGAUUGGCACCAGCAUCAACUUCAACAAGCUACGAUGAGCCACAAGCGUCUGCAUUGCCGAUGCAGGAUGCCGUAGAGAGUGAAAGUGUGGGUGGACAAGUGGGCUCAGUGACGAGACAUGAGACGUAUUAUAUUCCGAGUGGAGAUGUCGUCUUUCAGGUUGAAAAUACACUCUUCCGAGUACACCGAUAUUUCUUCGAACGUGAAUCUGCACCAUUCCGAGAUAUGCUUUCCCUUCCAAUGCCUGGCGGGCAGAACUCAAACACCGGUUCGGACAAGGGAAAAUCACCAUCACGUCAACCAGAAGGAACAACAGAUGAGAGCCCAAUAAAUCUCCCGCAGGUGACAAGCGAUGAUUUCGCGAGCCUCCUUUGGGUGUUUUACAAUCCAACAUAUUACCAAUACAACCAGCCAAUCGAAACGUGGGCGUCUAUCCUCCACCUCGCACACCGCUGGGACUUCCCAUCCAUCCGUGCUCUCGCCUUCCACGAACUCGAGGGUGCACCUCCCGCAGCUCGUCUUGUCCUUGGAGAAAAAUACGAAGCACCAACGGACUGGCGCAUGCGUGCUAUGAUGGAGCUUGUGACGCGUAAAAAGCCACUCACUGCUUCAGAAGGUGAAGAAUUGGGCUCGACUCUCGUGGUGCAAAUCGCAGAAAUGAGGGAAAAUAUGCGAGGAGGGAAGGAUACGCUUUAUGGUCGAAGGAUGGACUAUUUUCACGAUCGUCGCAGGUCGUACUCUCCAAGGCGAUCCCGCACACCUUCGCCCCAUCCAGUCAUUAUACAGCCUCCUAUACCGGUACAGCCACCACCGCCGCAUUUUCUAAUUCCACCUUCGCCCGGUCCAACCCCAAUAAUUAUACCUGGGCCAGUUCAUAUCGGAACACUUUCAAUACCUUCCAGCAGCUCCCUUCAUAUCCCCAGCAUGUACGGUCAAUAUAACGACGAUAUCAACGAACUUCGCGAUCCAUUGAAAGGUAUCAUAAAUACGGGACCACAGUCUCAGACGCAUCCUUCGCUUCACGAACAUGGUUUGGACCUGCGGCUGGCGGAUAACGUCUCAGCUAUCCCCCAGAUUCGAACUGUUGUAUCGGCAGACCCGGAUGCGAUAUGUUUUCCGUCCGGAGAGAAUGCAACCGAAUAA